GUGCAAGCAUUUGAGAGACAUUGCUGAUCAACCAUAUGUGUUGGAACAUGCAAGGUUUUAUAAACCUCGUGACAUUGACAAGUUAGCUCAUUCAGAAGAUAUACCAGAUGUUGUAAUCGAUUCUAUUUGGGAUUUCAUCUUUAAGUGUGCUUACAUUGGAAAUCGUGACGCAAAAGAUCUAAAAUCAACUCGUGC